UGCAGAAGAAUACGGUGAAUAGCAUCUGAGUUUAAUUUUUUGGAUACUGAUGUCCGAGAUGAAGAAAAAUUACUGAAAAGAUUGCCAUUUAACAGUCAAACAUCACCCAUCUUCCCCAGAGAGUAAGAAAGAUCAACAAGAGACAUGAAAAUGAAUGUAGCAGCUUUAUUUUUAACAACAAUCCUUUGCACGUGCGCGGAAUCUUAUAUAUUACAAGAGCAGGAAAAUCAACCAGCCGGGUCUUCCAAUCUAGAAGAAGGUUCCUUACCAAUGGAAAAGCGCGGAAGACUCUCACUAACUGCUGAUUUAAGAAGUCUAGCACGCAUGCUUGAGGCCCAUCGAAAACGUUACAUCGCAAGUCGAUCACCGUACGACUCUAUUCGUAAGAAAUUGUUCAAAUUCGGUAAAAGGACCACCUUACCAGAACGACAGCUGUACGAUGAAGGAGGUUCGGAAGAGUCUGAUGAUUUGUCCCAGACCAGCGAUGAGUUACCCAUCUAUACAAUAAAACGACAGCGUUUAUCUGUAAACGGCGCCUUGUCAUCUUUAGCAGAUAUGUUAGCGGCGAGUGGACGACAACGGAUGAGAUCCGAGAUGGAGAUUAACAGACAAAGACUUUUUGGACUAGGAAAAUAGUUAUUUUAGAUUUAGUAUAUUUAGAGUUCGAGUUCAAAUUUAAGGGGGGAUAUAGACUUCAUUGAUCCUUUGGACACAAUUAACCAUAUCUCAUGUAUAUUUUCCUGAUUAUCAUAUUGACAACUAUUCUGUAUCAACUUUCUUUGAAAAUUAUUCUUUAUUUAUUAUA